UAACACUCUUAUUUCUUGUUGCUGAACAUACGAUGCUACUAACACUCGCGCACUCUCUGUUCGGGUUCGCGCACACACGGCUUGUCUCGAGAGCGUCAGUCUCCUCGCGACUAGCAUUCUUAACACAAGUGCUUUACUUGACUCGCGCGGAUCACCACAUGGCGACGAGCAUAAUUAACCAACAUGGCAGACGGUGAAGAUCCACCGGCCAUCGUACCGCCGCCGCUCGUGACGAAUCUGAACUUCUUCAGUCCAUCGUCAUACAAUCUACCUCAUUUCAAGUACAAGCACUUGCCAGCAUCGGAGAUUCGAAACGCGUGGAAGCAAUGGAUCAGGUGGUUCGAAAACGUUAUGGCUGCUGCCAACGUGUCAGAUCCGACCAACAAGAAGAUUCAAUUGUUGGCUAUGGGUGGUCUGGAGUUACAGAGCGCGUAUUACGGAUUACCUGAUGUUGACAGUGAUGCAGAAGAUGACGACGAAAAUCCUUAUCUAACAGCAAAGAUCAAGCUUACUGAGCACUUCUCCCCAAAGCAUCAUGACAGCUUCGAACGAUUCCUGUUCGGGUCGAUGGCCCCGGAAGCUGAUGAACCGAUCGAGAAAUUUGCUUCGAGGGUUCAACAAAAGGCCGACAAGAUUUGCUUUGGUAGGUCCGAAACAGAGAGUCGACAAAUCGCAAUUAUCGACAAGAUUAUUCGAUUUGCGACGGAUGACCUUCGCCAAAAAUUGCUGGAAAAGGAGACGCUGACGCUGGACGACACCCUGAAAACUGUGAACGCGUUCCAGUCGGUGCGUUACCAAUCAGCAAAGAUGAACGGAGGAAGUUCGAAUCACGAUGUCAACCGUUUGACGGUGAACAGGAGUAAACCAGAAAACUCGAGGAGUUACCCAAGCAGACCUGAUGCGCGGCAAUACAGAGGACGGCGAAACCAGCUCAAAUGUUCGCGAUGUGGAUACGAAUCGCACCAGCAGGGUGAGCGAUGCCCAGCUGUGGACAGAACCUGUAAUCGAUGCGGAAUCGUCGGCCAUUUCGGAACAGUAUGUCACACCAAAUCGAGGGAUGAUUGGGUAAGUUUGAACUCUUUUCUUGGGAUAAAAUUCGAUUUCCUAAUGUUUGCGGGCAACCUAAUUGUAUAGGCCGGCCGAAAGCGUCCGUAUUCUUCGAUCGAGCGAAGCGAACCUCAGCGAUCUGCUAAACGGCCCCGGGAUGUAUACAAUGUACGCGAACAGACUGAUGAAGAACCUGAAGACUUGCCGGUCUACAAUGUCGGGUUUGACAAUGAUGAAGUCAUUCGUU